AUGACUGAUAAAUUAUAUGAAUUUUCGACUCUAUUUGGUAUAUGUUAAAUAUUGAUAUGUUUAUAGAAUACAAAUAUGAAAAUGUAAAUCCAAAAGGCAACUAUGUUUAAAGAUUUCAAUCAAAAAAUAGAAAAAUAACAUCUAAUCGUCCAGAUUAUGAAUUACCUAAUAAUUCAAUUUAAACUAGUAAAUACACUUUAAUCAACUUCAUUCCUAAACAAUUAUAUGAAUAAUUCUCAAAAUUAGCAAAUAUCUAUUUUGUGGUAAUAUAAAAUUUUGACAAAUAGAUUAUAGGUGCAUUAUAAAUGAUUCCAGAAGUUUCAAUAAGUUCAGGUGUUCCAACAAUUUAUCUACCUUUAAGUUUUAUCAUCUUAAUAAGUGGGGCUAAAGAUUUCUAUGAGGAUUACAAACGUCGUAAAUCUGACAAUGAAGAAAAUAGAUAACCUAUUUUAACAUAUGAUGGCUAUAAAUUUGUGACAAUACCUUCUAGUUCACUUUAUGUAGGCUAAAUAAUCAAAGUAAAUUAAGAUGAAGUCAUACCUGCUGAUAUUCUAAUACUUAGAAGUAGUGAAUAGAAGGGAAUCUGUUAUGUUGAAACUAAAUCAUUAGAUGGUGAAACAAAUCUUAAAUAAAAGAAUGUACAUAUUGAUCUAUUAUAAACUUACAUUUCAGAUGAUUGUUUUGGUUAAGAGGAUAAGAGAAUUAUUUUAAAAUAUUAAGCACCUACACCUUAUCUAUAUUAAUUUAUAGGUGAAACAACUACAUCAUAAUAGAAAGUGUCUGCAAUGAAUUUCAAUAAUUUCAUUCUUAGAGGUUGUAAUCUAAGAAAUGUAAAAUAUGUAUUUGGAUUGGUAACUUACACAGGGAAAGAUACAAAAAUAAUAAUGAAUUCAACAAUAGCAAGAUCAAAAAGAAGUAAAUUGGAAUAGUAAAUGUAGAAAUUUAUACUAAUAAUCUUUGUAACCUAAUUGAUAUUGUGUAUAAUAGCAUCUAUAGUAUAUGCAAUUUCAUUUUAUAAUAAAAGGAAUUAAUUAAGUUAUUUAGAUAUUGAAUCUUUUGAUAAUGAAUAUAAUAUAGCUUAUAAUUUUUUUGUAAGAUUUGGUAAUUGGAUUUUGAUCUUUACUAAUUUUGUACCUAUAUCUUUAUUGGUAACAUUAGAGAUGGUGAAGUUUAUAUAAGGGAAAUUUAUGACAUUGGAUGAUAGAUUAAAUCAACCUAAAGUACAAUCUUCAAAUCUAAAUGAAGAAUUGGGUUAAGUAGAACAUAUAUUUUCAGACAAAACUGGUACAUUAACGUGUAAUAUAAUGGAAUUUAAAUAAAUAAUUAUGUAUUAAAUUAAAUAAAUCUAAUAAGAGGUAAUUAAAAUUAUGGAGAUGUAAUUGAAAAUUAAGAGGAUUACUUAAGUAAUGAUGAAAUACUAUCAUAUCCAUAAGUAACGAAUGUAGAUUUUAGAGAUAAAAAACUUAUAGAAGCAAUAUAAGAUUAGAAUCAUUUUAUGCAUAAAUAAGUGAAAGAUUGUCUAAUUAUGCUUAGUAUUUGUCAUACUGUAAUAGCUGAUUAAAAAGAUAAUAAAUUAAUAUAUAAUGCUACAUCUCCAGAUGAAUUGGCUUUAUUAAAUUUUGCUAGAUUUGUGGGAUUUGAAUUUUAGGGUUCAGAUGAAAAUGGUAUAAAGAGAGUAAGAUUUAAUAAUGAAAUUUUGGAAUUUUAAUUAUUAGAAGUAUUUGAAUUUACUUCUUAAAGAAAAAGAUAAUCAAUUUUAGUACAAAUAAGAAAUUCAAAGGAAAUAAUAUUAUAUUCAAAAGGAGCAGAUUCAAUAUUAUUAUCAGAAACAAAGUUAUCAUAAAAAGAAUUAUAGAGUGAAGAUUAUCAUAAUUUAGAAAAUAAAUUAUAAGAAUAUGGAAAGGUUGGUUUAAGAACAUUAGUUUUAUGUAAAAGAAUAAUUGAUAUUUAAACAUAUUAAGAAUGGAAUAAAAGAUAUUAAGAAGCAGCAUAAAGUCUUGAAAAUAGAGAAGAAAGAAUGUAAACAUUAUAAGAUGAAUUAGAAAAGAAUUAUGAAAUCUUGGGAGCAACUGCAAUAGAAGAUAAAUUAUAAUAGAAUGUAGCAGAUACUAUAUCAGCAAUUAAAUAAGCAGGAAUUAAAGUAUGGGUAUUAACAGGAGAUAAAAUAGAAACAGCAAUAAAUAUUGGAUAUUCUUGUUAAUUAUUAACAAAUGAAUUAGUUUAACAUAUAAUAGAUGAAAAAAUGGAAUCACUUGUAAUAGAAAAAUUGAAUGAAACAAUAGGAUUAAUUAGUAAAUAACCACAUAAUUAACAUGCUUUAAUAAUAUCAGGUGAUGCUUUAUUACAUUCUUUGAAACCACAUAUAAGAAAGAAUAUGAUUUAAAUAGGAGAAUCAUGUAAUGUUGUAUUAUGUUGUCGUGUAAGUCCAAAAUAAAAAUAAGAUGUAGUUACAUUAAUUAGAAAUUAAAAAAAGAAUGUAUGUACUUUAGCAAUUGGAGAUGGAGCUAAUGAUGUUAAUAUGAUAACAGCAGCACAUGUAGGAGUAGGAAUAAGAGGUGUAGAAGGAUAAUAAGCAUCUAGAGCUGCAGAUUAUAGUGUAUAAGAAUUUUAAGAAUUGAGAAGAUUAUUAUUUUAUCAUGGAAGAGAAUGUUAUAGAAGAAAUAGUACUUUAGUAUGUUACACUUUUUAUAAGAAUAUUUUGGUUGUACUUCCAUAAUUUUGGUAUGGUAUUUUAUCAAUGUAUUCUGCUUAAUCUUUAUAUGAUACAUUUAUAUAUUAAUUAUUUAAUAUAUUGUAUGCAGCAUUACCUAUAAUGAUAUAUGGAGUAUUUGAUGAAGAACAUGAUGCAGAUAUACUUACAGAAAAUACAUAAGAUAAUUAUUAUGAAUAGGGACCAUAAGGUAAAUUAUUUAAUUUAAAAAUAUUUCUAUUUUGGGUAUUUUAAGGAUUAUGGUAAACAUCAAUUAUUUGUUUUUUUCCUACAUUUUGUAUAUCAUCUAAUUUCAUUGAUGAUAAUGGAUAUAUGUAACAUUUAUGGGCUUAAGGUACAAUGAUUUUUGGAUUAGUUAUUGUUGUAUGUAAUCUUAAAGUACUUAUAUUCUCAAAUGUUUACACACCUGCUUUAUUAGUAAUAAUAAUUAUUAUUAAUUUUAGGGAAGUAUAUCUUUUAGUAUGAUUUCAUAUUUAAUAUCUUGGAUUAUAUUGGAUAAUAUAAGUUAAGCUGAAGCAUAUGUUGUAUUAGAGAGGUAUUAUAAAUUUUAUUAUUUAGUUUAUUUGCUACUCCUAAUUUCCAUUUUGGUAAUAUUUUAGUUAUUGUAACUAUUGUUGCUAUAGAUUCGGCUAUUAAUAUAAAAUUAAGGAAAAUGAUGGUUGCAUCAAAAAAGAAAAAUUAACCAAUUUAUUAAUAACCAGAAAAAAAUGAAUAAGUUAUAAAAGUAAUUAAUAGAGCUAAUACUGGAUUUGCAUUUAAUUAUUUAGAUGUUGAUGAACUAGAAAAUCAAGAAAAAAUUGAAUUAUAUAAUUUAGAAAAUUAAGUUGUUCCAGAAAACUUUAAUAAUAACAAUAUAUAUUGA